UCCGCGGCAUGUGGGAUCUUCCCGGACCGGGGCACGAACCCAUGUCCCCUGCAUCGGCAGGCGGACUCCAACCACUGCGCCACCAGGGAAGCCCAAGGAAAAGCUUUUAGUCUACGGGAAAGACAUGGUUUCCAGGCAGAAUGCCUCCUCUUACUCAGGUAUUCCUUGGAAUGGAGAAUGACACUAACUUGGGUUACAUCCACUUGGGCAAAACUAGAACGAACAAGGUGACAUUUCCCUGCCAGAGGCUAUUAAAUAACCAAGACGGAGUAUGUGAUACGGGCUCAGCUAGUUUAGGAGGCAGCUCUUUGCUCCCCUUUAUUAAUAUAGGCAAGAAAACCAAGGUGUGGUGUUAGAGACUUGCCCAUACUCAUGCAAUGGGAACAGAUUUUAUGACAUCUUUUUCAAGCCAGGGGCUCCUCCCUAAGGUGACCAAGCCUGCCCGCUCACUCACCAGACCUGCCCAGACCUGAGGUUGUUGCCCAGGGAGCUUUAGCUCCUCUCCAAACAUAAACUUGAACCGGUAAACCUGGCCUUUCCUCUCUGCCUUUGGCUAUUUCAUCCUCCUUUCCCUUUCCCCUGCCCCUCUGUUCUGUCUUCUGCAGGUCUUGGCUGCUAUCAGGAAAGGAGUCCCAUCCCAUGGACUCCCACUCCGGGGAGCUAGGGCUCCUGCCCUGUGGGUCCUGUGACAUGGUUUUCCGUUCCUGGGCCCUGCUGGCCACCCACACUCAGCGCUUCUGCAUUGGCCGUCAGCCCCGGGAGCUGACAGUUGGAGAACAGCCCCCAAUAGCCACUGAACCACGGGUACCCAGGGUUGUGCCAGAAGAACACCAGGGCCUCCCAGACCAGGAGGCCAGCAAAUCGGCUCUGAAGAGGCUAACAGAUGAGAUUGCGGGUUACUGUUACCUCCAGGUGCAGCGGCUGCGGCUGUAUCUGCAGGAAAUGCGACCCAGCAUAACAGAGGUCCCCAGAGGGUCACAGGGGCCCUGGAGGCGGUCAGAGGCACCGACUCAGGGUCCCAACCACGAGACUGCUGGGAGCCCCGGCGAGCGGCUGCGGGCGCUGCACCGGACUCACGCAAGGCUCUUGGCAGAGACCAAGGCACAGAGCUGUGCCCUGGAGCGACGCGGCGAGGAACUGAGCCGGCACCUCCAAGGUUUGGCUUGGACCCGGGACGGGAAAUCACGCAUAUUCAGCCUGGAGCGGGAGCUUCGAGAACUCCGGGCAGAGGCCGGGCGAACGCGGGGUGCUCUAGAGGAGUUAGGGGCGCACGUUCAGCAGCUACAGGCCAACCCCGGGACCCGGCUGAACGCCGUACGAGAGGCAGAACUCUGUGGUCCGGUGCUACAGGCAAACCCAGGGACUCUGGCUGCGGAGAUCGGGGCCCUGCGUGAGGCCUACAUUCGAGGCGGGGGCCGGGACACCGGCGUUCUGGGCUGGAUAUGGCAGUUACAAGUGGAGGCGUCAGCUCUGGAGCUUCGGCGGUCGCGGACCCGCAGGGGAAGACAGGCAGGUGCCGCAUUCAAGGAGCUUCUAGCAGUGGAGGCUGAAAAUCGGCGCCUGGAGGCAGAAAUCCUGGCUUUGCAGAUGCAGAGGGGUGCAGGCCGGGUGCCCUGGGGGCACAGGGAGCCGAGACUUGUGGCCAAUCCCAGCCCACGCCUGAGAAGAAGGGAAGAUCCCCCAAGCCUCCCGCCUCCAGUGGCUCCCCCGCUGCCGCUGCUUCCACACUCCACAGGCGUCCUAUUCUUGGGUGGCGCCGAAAAGGCUUCGCAGCUUCCUGGAACCAUGACCAGGAACCUGGGCCUGGAUCCACACUUCCUCCUGCCCACAACUGACGUUCUGGGCCCUGCACCCUACGACCCUGGGCCUGUGUUUCCUAGGGCUGGCCUUGUCAUUUUCUAUGACUUCCUGCGGGGCCUUGAGGCUUCUUGGAUUUGGGUGCAACUAUUGACUGGCUUGGCCCGAGAUGGACAGGAUACAGGAGGGACCACAGCGUUGCCCCCAGCCCUUUGCUUGCCCCCACCUCCAGCUCCUGGGCCCAUGGGCAACUGUGCCAUCCUUGCCAGCAGGCAGCCUAUACCCAGACUACCACCUUCACCAUCAGUAUCCUUGGUCUGUGAGCUGCAAGCCUGGCAGGGGCUGGCAUGGGCUAAAGCACCACUGCCAAAAGCCUGGGCCUCGCUGGUGCUAUUUGACCGGGAUCAGAGGGUGCUAAGUGGUCGCUGGCGUCUCCCACUUCGGACCCUUCCUCUGGACCCCAGCCUUAGCUUUGGGCAGCUGAAUGGGAUUCCCCAGGUAGGUCAGGCCGAGCUCUUUCUGCGGCUGGUGAAUGCAAGAGAUGCAGAUGUACAGACACUGGCAGAGAUCAAUCCAGCAAGUGCCCACGAGUACCAGUACCCACCUCUGGUGCCCAACUCAUCUUCACUGGAGGCCAGCUCCCUGGCCCCAACAGCUGGCUUUGUUGACCCCCCUCCUCCUGAAGACCCCCACCAGCGGCAGAGUCAAGCACAGAGAGGAGGGUUUGCGCCCUCAGCACAGCUUUGACCCACCCCCACUGGCUUUCUGAGUCCAGAAGAAUGGGCGUAUGAGUAGCUUCACAGGCACAGGACUGGGGCCUAGACUGAGGCCUGUUCUCCCAUCUGCAGCUUUACUACUCCGUGUUCUGACAGAGGGUCUGGAAGCAAAUACAGAUGUGAACACACAACAUGAGCUCCCAUCACAGCUCUACCACCUUCCACAAGUACUUGGCCUUUCUUAUCCUUUUGUAAAAAAGAUUGAUGUGAGGAUUAAACAGAUAUGUCAGGUAUUUACAGUAUUGCCUGGCAUAUAAGAAAAUUCUCUGAAA